AUGUCUACAGAAAUGGAAGUCGACCCUCCCGUGGCGCAGGAGGAGGAGGUCCCCGCGCAGUCGGGCAACAAUACCUCUGAUCCGAGAACGCAAGCGUCAGCUGUUGCAGUGCGCAGUAUCGAAGGAUGGAUCAUCAUCGCGACCAAUAUUCAUGAAGAGGCCUCUGAGGAGGACGUGACGGAUCUGUUUGCUGAAUAUGGAGAGAUCAAGAACUUCAAUUUGAACCUCGAUCGCCGGACGGGUUAUGUGAAGGGUUACGCGUUGAUCGAAUACUCCACCCUCCCCGAAGCCUCGGAAGCCAUCAAGGCUUUGAACGGAUCCAAAUUGCUGGACCAGACAAUCCAGGUCGACUUCGCGUUUGUCCGGCCACCCCCAUCAAACAAAGGAAAGAACGCUGGACAAAGAGGUGGCCGUGGUGGACGGGGACGCAGCAGGAGCCGGGAUAGGAGUCGCAGCCCUGGAGCGGAGGAGGCUAGAGACUAG